AUGGAUGUUAAUGAAAUACGUCGUAAACGUCUUGAGGCAUUCAAAAAUAAAACAAAUAAAGUAGAAAGCUCUAAUCAAAUAGAUAAAAUACAACAAGAGAGUAUUAGUCAAACAAGCAAAUUAAUUGAAAAAAAAGACAAGGUUGAUGAGGAAAGUAAAAAACAGAAGGCUUAUUUGUACUUAAUUCAAAAGGUUUUUCAGUGUAAAAUGACAGAUAGUAGUGAGUAUGGAGAUAUUGAUUGUAAAGAAUUUUAUAGUGACCAUUUAGUGGUUGAUGAGUCUUUUAUUGAAAUGAUUAUAUUACAUUGCCUAACAAAUCCAAAAAAUCUUAUGUCAUUAAGUUAUUUAGCUGAAUGUCUUAACAGGUUAUCUGAUUGUGUAUAUCUUGACAAAACGUUAUUAGAAAUGAUUAAAAAAAAAAUUAUUGAUUUUAUGGUUAUUGUACUACAAUGCCCUGAUUCAUUUCCCAGUACAGAAUCAGUAUAUACAAUGGUUUGGAAAUUAAUUUCUGGAAGUCAAGGAAAAGUGAUAAUGAAAAGCAUUGAAAAUCAUCCAGAUAUGAUGGAAAUAACAGAAAUAUUCUAUCAAGUAUUUUUAGACCAACUUGGUAAAAUCAAACUAACAUCUCCUGAAUUUUUUGAAUUCUUUUCAUUUAUUGAUAAUUUAUUAAUGAAUGAAGCUGUUGCAUUAAAUAUUGUUUGUCAUGAUAAUUUUUUACCAAAAGAAAUGACAAUAAAUCAAUUAUCAAACACAUUAUUAGGUAGACUACUUCAAAUUUUCUUUCUUGAGAAAUUAGAUGGUUAUGGUGAUCCUUUGAAAGAUGACUAUUUAAUUGUAUUACAAAGACUAUUACCUGCAGGAGCAACAGGACAAAAAAUGAUUGGUGAAAUACUUUGUUCAUUAAUGAAAUAUGAAGAUAGUAGAGAACAAACUUUUAAAUGGAUAGACUGUUUCUAUACAAUUAAUAAAGAAAGAAUGAAAAUUGAAUAUGAUAAAGAUAGUGUAUUUCCUGAUUCAUUGUUGUUACUCUUUUAUUAUUCUUUAUGUUAUGUAUUUGCAAAAGAAAUUAAAAAGUCAACAGUUAACUUUAAUUAUUUCUUAAACACAAAUAUUCUUGAACUUGAAAAUACUACAUUAUUUCAAGCUACUCCUAGUGAAAUUAAACAACUUAUUUUUAUUAAUGGAUCAUAUACUAAUUCAUUGGAUUUGACUCAUUCAACCUAUCCUAUUCAAAGUGAUGUUAAAUUUCCACAAAUUAAAGUAGAAGCACCAUCUCUUUCAACCCUACUAUUCUUUACUAUUUUAAAAUUAUCUCCAGUAUGUUUAACUCAAAUAUUGCAUACUAACGAAAAUAUUAUUAGAGCUUUAUCAAGAGCUAGAAAAGAACAAAAUGUCUAUGUAUGUGAUUAUCUUAAACGAAUAUUACUUUCUAAUAAUGCUCAACAGUUUAAUGCCGAUGCUUGUUAUAGUAUGAAUAAUUUUUGUGAAUAUCUUGUUAAAUUUAUCUUUCAUUGUCUACCUCAAAAUAUCUCUCCAUUGUUAAAUCAGUCUAAUGAAAUCCCUCUAUCUUUAGCACUUCUUCCAGAAUACAUUAUUGGUAUUUUAUCUGAUUUCAUUCAUAGUGAAUCAUUUAUUACAUCUAAUCAUCUUAAAUCUUCAAUGAGUUUACCUGAGGGUUUUGAUGUUAUUAUUUGUUCAUUUGUUUCAUCACAACACAUUUGUCAUAAUCCUUAUGUAAGGUCAGAACUUGGAGAAGCUAUUACUUGUGCUAUUCUAAAUGAAAAAGAUGUUUUUAACAGACCAUACAAAUUAUUACUGAACGAAUUUUGUAAACAGCAUUUGAUAUUCUCAUUACUUUGUUUUUAUGUGGAUUGUGAGAAAACAGGAAGUCAUUCUCAAUACUAUGACAAAUUAAAUUGGAGAAAAAUGCUUCAAGAAUGUUUUAAGACAUUAUGGGAGUUUGAAGACUACCAAAAGAAAAUGAUUGAAAUAUUUGAGUCAAACAAUGAGAGAAUAUUCCCUGCAUUUGUACAGUACAUUAUUAGUGACACUAAUUUAAUAUUAGAAGACUCAUUAUUAAAAUUAAGUGAUAUUAAAAUUGCAGAAGAUAAGCAAAAAGAUAAAGAAAAAUGGAAUCGAUUAGAUAAACAAACACAAAAUGAUAUUAUUCGUUCUAUGAAAGAAAAUACUUCAAUAGUAAAGAAUUUAUUUGCAAGCACAGAAUGUACAUUCAAAUUCUUAAAGCUAGUUCUUCAAAAAAGUCAACGACCCUUUUUAGAUAAAUUAGUUAUUAAUGAUGUUGCUGCAUGUUUUAAUUAUUUCUUGUCAUGUAUUGUAGGAGAACGGUCAAGUGAAUUCAAAGUGAGUAACUUUGAAAUGUAUAAUUUUCAUCCCAAAGAAAUGUUAAAUAGUUUCUUUGAUAUCUUCUUAUAUCUUGGUCAAAAUGAUAAGUUUAUUCAAGCAAUAUAUGAAGACACUCGUUCCUUCAAAGAAAAAACCUUUGAAGCUGCUUUGGUUAAUGUUAAGUAUAUUCACUCUAAGUCAGAAAGAGAAAUGGAAGAAUUCCAAAAAUUGAUUGAUAAAAUUAAAAAUUAUUCUUCUCAUGAUAUCUUUGCUCAAGUUGAAGAGAUGGUUGGUAUGGAUCUUCCUGAAGAAUAUUGUGACGCUUUACUUGGAACAUUAAUGAAAGACCCUGUUAAACUACCUAAUAGUCAUGUCAUUGUUGAUCGUACGACUAUUGAAAAACAUUUAAUGAAUGCUAAAGAAGACCCAUUUGAUAGAACACCAUUAGAAUUAUCAAUGGUGAUUCCAAUGAAUGAUCUGAAACAAAAAAUCAUGGAGUAUGUUAUGGAAAAAGCAAAAGAACUUAAGCUGAAAUAA